AUGGUGCGCCUCCGACUCCACCCCAGCUUCGGCGUGUGCCUUCGCGACCAGGAGCAGCGGUGGGUGUCUCUGGAGCAGGCGCUUGCCGCCAAGGCCGCUGCUCUCUCGGCGGCGGAGGAGGAGAUCAAGACGAGCGCCGGAUCGGUGGUCGCCCUCCUCGCGUGCUCCCCAGCCGUGCUCGAGGCGGCCACGGAGCUUGCGGCCGCCGCAUCGGCAUCGUGCGUCGUGGAGAGCGGCUUCGUCUUGCCCUUUCAGCCGAGGAGCUUUCGCGACGCCGGCUCCUACGUGCAGCACAUGUCGCAGGCCGUGCGCGGAUUCGUUGCGGUGGCCGGGAAGGAGGGCCACCUCCUGCAGAUGGCGCUCUCGCAGAUCGGCAAGUCGCUGCGGCUGCCCUUUGGCGUCAACCCGGCUGCGCGUCCCGGCUACUACCACGGGAACCCGUGCACCUUCAUCGCCGACGGCGACGAGGCCCCGUGGCCGUCGACCUGCGGCUGGCUGGACUACGAACUCGAGGUCGCCGUGCUGAUCACGCGGCCCGUCUCGCGCGAGGCCACCGCCGCAGAGGUGGCCGCCGCGCUCGGCGGAUUCGUGCUCAUCAACGACUUUUCGGCGAGAGACGUGCAGGCCGACGAGCUGGUCUCGGUCGGCUUUGGCUUUGUCAAGUGCAAGGCGGCGGCGACGGCGAUGGGGCUCGAUGCGCUCGUGCGGUACAUGGCGCUCGACGAGGGCCUGCAGCCGGGCGCCCCUUGCUGUGAGCUCAUCGGGAUGGGCACCGUCCCGAACUGCUGCGGCCUCGAGAUCGGCAGGCGGCCCGCAGCCCACGAGGUGAAGGAGGAGGCGUCGAGCUUUGCCCGAGCUUUCCCUGAACCGUUCCGUAGGUGGCUGCAGCCCGGCGACGAGGUGGCGCUCUCCGCAGAGGGGCUGGGCACGCUCACAAACACAGUCGGCCACCCUCCCGCAACGGCGCAAAACUUCAAGGAGGUCGAUUGCGGCGGCGGCGCGCCGCCCGGUCGCCUCCGCACCGCUUUGCGCUGCGCGCUGCUCGCAGUGGCUCUGCCGCCGCUCACCUUUGCGCUGAUGGUGGGCGGGGCGCUCUCCGCGCUGCUGUGGAGGGGGCCAGCAGGCGUUCUACGCUCGCCGGCGCCAACUGUUCCGGCCAUUCGACGCGCAGCGGACAAGCGGAGGUGA